GGUUGGAAUAAGGAGGAGCAGUUGAGGUCUGUUUCUAUUAUGGUAAUGGAAAAACUACCAGAAGACAAUUACCAGGUUUUGAAAUAUAUCAUCAAAUUUUUAUCCAGGAUCCAGAAACCCCAUUGGCAUUAUGGAAUCAAAGUUUACUAUAAAUAUCUAGUCAUGGAAAGAUCCGACUUGAACAAAAUGAACGCACAAAAUUUGGCUGUGGUCUUUGGUCCAAAUUUAGUGUGGUCUGAAGUUGUGUCUAUGUCCCUAGCUGCCAUAGGUCCAAUAAACUCAUUUACCCAGUUUUUACUCUUGCAUUUUAAUGAGAUCUUCAUGAUUUGAAGUUAGUUUUUGCGUUUUUGUCAUAUGAUAUUUGGUAAUUGUAAUAAAAAUUAGUUGAAAAGUCAUGAUAGAG